AUGAUGAAUCGUCUCGCAUUCAAUGCUAUCGUACGAGCUACUCGUAUCAAUCCUACUAUUCGAUCGAUCGCUCCUUAUCGUUGGCAAUCAACACAAGCCAAAGCUAACCAAGCAAGUCAGGGAUCAAACUUGACAGCUGGAAUUGCUGGUGGUCUUACCGUUUUUCUCGGAGGUCUCGCGUGGUAUCAAUUUAGUGGUACACGUCAACUUGUAAAUACUGCACAAGAAGGUGUCAAACAAGCAGAGAAAUUAAAAGAAACUGUCAAAGACAAAACUGGUGACUCGGCUGAGACAUUGAAAUACUUACGAUCUGCAAGUGCUACUUUAAUUCCUGGUUCGGCACCUUUUCUCGGUAGAAUUUUCGACCAAGUCGAAGAAAUAACUAAAGAACAUGGUGAUGAAGUCAAGAAAGUUUUCGAAGAAACAUAUAAUGAUUUCGAAAAACUAUCCAAAGAAGGUGGUUUGGAUCCUAAAACAGCUGGCAAAGCAGUGGACAUCCUUCAAAAACGUGUCAAACAAAUUCAAGACCUUGCUGGUGAUGUCGGCGGUGAUGCAUUCAACAAAUUAGUCUCGGAAAAUGCCGAACUUCGUGAUAAAGUCUCCGAGCAAUACAAGAAUUUGAAAGACGUCGCCGAGAAAGCGAAAGACAAGAAACCCGAAGUGAAGAAACUCAUCAAAGAGACAGGAACUGAAUUGGUCAACAUCUUCAAAGACAACAAUGUCAAUAAACAAACCAUCAAGCAAGCACAAGACUUGUUAAAGAAGAAAGCCGAAGAAGCGAAGAAACUUGUCGAAGAUGUUGCAAAAGAUGCCAAGAAGAAAUGA